AUGAGCAAACGAAAUAGAAAAGUCUUUCAAGAUGAUCACAAUGAUCAAUCGCAUGUAGCCGACGAUCAAUUAAUAAUUAGCAAUUUCCAAUCAGAAAGAAAAUUUAAAAAAUUAAAUUCUGAUAAAGAAAUAUUGCCCGAUGAUGUAUUGUAUGAAAUUUUAUCUUUUCUUCGGGAUGAUUUUAGAUUUAUAGUGAUGAGUUGUGCAUUGGUUUCGAAACAGUGGUUGAAUGUCGUGUUGGAAAGAUGUAAAUUUCUUUCAUUGAAAUGUGAAAAUGAAUUGACAUUGGGAGGACGAUUUUUACAAAAUAUUCAAAGUCUUAACGUGAACCAAUAUUUCAAUACAUUUGAUUGCCAUGUAUUGGAGUUUAUGGGAUCGUUGAAUAAUCUUACUAUACGUAGUAAGAUUCGUAAUGAAGGUGCCAAGUGCAUUCCUCAAUUGAAACAAUUAACUAAUCUUAAUGUUGAGGACAAUAAGAUUGGUAAUGAAGGAGUUAAAUGUUUUAGUGAAUUGAAACAUUUGACCAAUUUUAAUAUUCGUAACAAUAAGAUUAUGGACGAAGGAGCCAAAUAUAUUAGUCAAAUGAGCCAAUUAACUUGCAUGAAUAUUGGCAAUAAUAAUAUUGGAGAACCUGGAGCUGAAUAUAUUAGUCAAAUGAAACAAUUGACUAAUCUUAACAUCCAUGGCAAUCGUAUUGGUGAUAAAGGAGCUCGUCACAUUAGUGAGAUGGAAGGAUUGACUCAUCUGGAUAUUGGUUACAAUAAUCUAGGAAACCUAGGAUCCCAAUAUUUAAGCCAAAUGAAAAAACUGACCUAUCUCUUUAUUGAAGGCAACAGGCUUGAUGAAAAUGGUGCCAAAUUUGUAAGCGAGUUGAAACAAUUAACUAUUCUAUGUAUUGGAGCAAAUGGAAUAGGUCCUAAUGGAGCCAGAUACAUUACUGAAAUGAAACAAUUAACCGAUCUUAGUAUAGGUGGUGCUAAAAUUGGUGAAGAAGGAGCUCGACAUUUAAAAACAAUGAACCAACUGACCAAUCUGAACAUUGGUUACAAUCGUCUUGGAUCAAUAGGAGCCAAAUUUAUUAGUGAAAUGAAACAAUUAACUAGUUUGGAUAUUUUUUACAACAACAUUGAAGAUGAAGGUGCCAAACAUAUAAGUGAAUUGAAGAAUUUAAGAAAACUUGAUAUUGGUCGCAAUAACAUUACCGACGAAGGUGCCAAAUAUGUUAGUCAACUGAAUCAACUCACUCAUCUCUCAAUUACUUACAAUAAUCUUAGUGAUGAAGGAGCUAAAUACAUUAACACAAUGACUCAAUUAACUAAGCUAGAUAUUGGUGGUAAUGCUAUUAGUGAUGAUAUCGAAAUGAUAGCUAAUUUCUGA